GAUUGGAAUCCUUAUAGCCGUCCGUUAGAGGCCAUCCACGGCUCAUAUUCAGAUAGCGUGGCAGAGCUCAGCAUGCGGCGGAAAUUAAUUUUAUAUCUUCUCACAUAUUUUCUCCCCUGCAUUCAUUCACCGCAUCUGCUACAGCACAGAAGAUUUCGCAAUGGCUGGCGGGCAGAUGUGUAUAAGAGCCGGAGUAGGGAUUAGCGGUGAUCACAUGGCAGGGGUUCAUGGAACCGCGGGGAUCAUCUUUAAAAGCAGCUUCUUUGGACAGCCUGUCACUUCCGUUUCUACUGUGAGAUCGGUAGGAGGCCGGAAGAAGCUUAGCAACUUGGCUCGCAGGGUGCUUUCCAUGUCCUUGGCUACUGAAAUCGCCAAGCAAAAAUUAGUAAAUACUCCAGAAACAGAAAGGGUAGAUCCUAGGACAGUUGUAUCUGUUAUUCUUGGAGGUGGUGCUGGCACUAGACUUUUCCCACUUACAAAGAGGAGAGCCAAACCAGCAGUUCCUAUUGGGGGUGCAUAUCGUUUAAUUGAUGUGCCAAUGAGCAACUGUAUCAAUAGUGGAAUCAACAAGGUUUACAUUCUUACACAAUUUAAUUCAGCUUCUCUCAAUAGACACCUUUCAAGGGCCUACAACUUUUGUAAUGGAGUAAACUUUGGAGAUGGUUUUGUUGAGGCCUUGGCUGCUACUCAAAGACCUGGAGAGAGGGGAAAAAAUUGGUUUCAAGGUACUGCAGACGCUGUACGUCAAUUUCAUUGGCUUUUUGAGGAUGCAAGAAGUAAGGAAAUUGAGGAUGUCCUGAUCCUAUCUGGAGAUCACUUGUACCGUAUGGAUUACAUGGACUUCGUUCAGAAUCAUAGAAGUAGUGGUGCAGAUAUUAGCAUUUCAUGCGUCCCUAUGGAUGAUAGUCGUGCAUCUGAUUUUGGGUUAAUGAAGAUUGAUGAUGAUGGUCGAGUCCUCUACUUUAGUGAGAAGCCAAAAGGAAAGGACCUUCAAGCAAUGGGAGUGGACACAACUAUUUUGGGCUUGUCACCAGAAGAUGCAAAGAAAAAGCCAUAUAUUGCAUCAAUGGGUGUAUAUGUAUUUAAAAAGGAUAUCCUCUUGAAUCUUCUCAGAUGGCGCUUUCCUACUGCAAAUGACUUUGGCUUAGAAAUUAUUCCUGCCUCAGCAAAAGAGUAUGUUGUAAAGGCAUAUUUAUUUGAUGAUUAUUGGGAAGACAUUGGUACCAUUAAAUCUUUUUUUGAGGCAAAUCUUGCACUCACUGCACAGCCACCAAAGUUCAGCUUCUAUGAUGCAGCAAAGCCUAUUUAUACAGCACCCCGGAGUAUACCACCAACCAAAGUUGAGCAAUCUAAGGUAGUGGAUUCAAUUGUUUCUCAUGGUUGUUUCUUGCAAAGCUGUUCUAUCGAGCACUCAAUAAUUGGUCUCCGAUCUUGGAUAGAAUCUGGUGUUUCCUUAAAGGAUACAGUGAUGCUUGGUGCAGAUUUCUAUGAAACAGAUGCUGAAAGAACUUCACUUCUUGCGGAAGGUGGAGUUUCUAUAGGAAUUGGACAAAACACCAAUAUCAGGAACUGUAUUAUUGACAAAAAUGCACGGAUUGGGAAGAAUGUCACCAUUGCUAAUGCAGAGAAUAUACAAGAGGCUGAUAGAACUACUGAUGGAUUUUAUAUUCGUUCUGGAAUCACCGUAGUCCUAAAGAACUCAACAAUCAAGGAUGGGUCAGUCAUUUAAAAAGCAAGCAAAAGAAAGUUAUGAAUUUCUACAUCUUUGGUGUUAGUACUGCAUGGUUUUAAAUCAAGCUAAAAACAAAGUUCAAGAGAUCGCUUGCCUUAAUAGCUGUAAAACUAUAGCUCAGAGGAUGUUUUUCAUGUUUCCAUUUUCCCUGAUGUACAUCGAAGAGAGUGUCAAUUAUAUAAGAUGAAUAUGUAAAAUGUUUUUAGCAUAUCUAGUGAGUAGAGUCUCAUUCUUUUAUUCAUUCAUUGAGACUUCUUGUAUCUAAAUUAACUAUCAAUAUACCUCUGCAUAAAGAAGAGAAAAUAAUAGUAGUUUUUUUGAAUUGUAGAAGUCUUAUUUUGUUGGAUGCAAUACGAAAAUAAUCAUAAUAAUAAUUCUUGCUUUUGCGAAUGUCCUCAUAUCUCAUGUAACAACAUUCCAAGCGGCCACUUUGUAACUUUAUUAUUGGUUAUUCUCAUUCAACUUUGAAAUGAGCUGAGCAUUGCUCUGUUUCCUAUUAAAGAAUAACUACUGCAGGAUGAUAGAGAUGAAUGUUUUCCAACCAUUUCAAUCUUAUGAUUAAAAAUAACCGUGUUGAAUUUCUUCA